AUGACUACACUGAUUUUACUUCCCUGUCACUCCGUGUUCACCGCAGCCGAGUCCGCUAAUGCAAGUGAGAAUAAAUUGGGACCCAGAGAUGCCGGACCGGGAUUCAAUCAAAGCGAUUGGAUCCUAGCUCCGUUUCAGUACGAAGCCAACGACCACCUCUCUUUUGUGGAACAUAUUCAUAAAGCGUUCGAACUUUUGGAUGCAAAUCCGGACGCACGUCUGGUGAUAUCUGGAGGAUUCACCAAAAAGGGAGUGAGCAUAUCCGAAAGUAACAGUUAUUUACAAGUUGCACGGCUAAGAGGUCUAAUCACCAAGCAAAACGAAGACAGAAUAUAUCUAGAUGAGUAUGCGCGGGACUCCUACGAAAACUUGCUUCUCGCAAUUGCCCUUUUCCGUAAAAGAACCGGAACAUUUCCACAAAGAACUAAGAUCGUCGGUUUUGAGUUCAAAAGAUACAGAUUUUUGGAGUUGCAUGCCAAAGUUCUGAGGUUGAAACAUGUUGAAUACUAUGGAAUAGGUCCUAGUUAUCCUGACGCUGCAACCUUUGAGAUUCCAGAGCAUGAAUGGGAAACCAAACGUAAGCGCUACUUUGAUGAUCUCCACUUUAGCGAAAAGAAAUUUGCAACCGAUCUGUUCGAACAGGACUGGUUUGGCUGCAUUGGAUCCAAAUUAUACGACAAAAAAGUCUCUAGAGAUCCAUUGAAACGCGGUCUCGGCAAAGAGUUUUAUUCACAAGAACCAGAGCCUGUCCUCAAUACAUUCCUGGGUUUUGAUCAGCUUACUUUUCCUGAAGCAAAAGCCGCAUACAAUGAUUUAGGGGCUUUUCCUUGGUAA